CUUUAAACAGCCAAGCGACGGUCACAUUGAUUGUGUCCUAUGCAAGAUUUUUAAUAAAAGUUAUUAACCAGAAUUCAACCGGAGGCGAGCUGUUUGAAACUUAAAGGUCGAAACACAGGACAAGCCGCCAUGCGAUUCGCUCUGGCCUUCGUGGCCAUCAUCUGGGCUUUUUUCGUCCUGGCCGACGGAGUGGACCCCGGGAACUUUAAGACCUGCGAGCAGAGCAGUUUUUGUCGACGCUCCCGAAAGAUUCAGGGAUCGGGCAGCAAGUACGCCUUAAUUCCCGGCACCUUGAACACCUAUGCGGAUUCGUUGACCGCUGAUCUCGUUAACAAGGAGAACCAUCACCAGUUCGCCUUUAAGCUAGAGGCUCUGGAGGGCAGUACCUUCCGCUUGCAGAUAGAUGAGAAGCAGCCACUUCGACCACGAUAUCGCGUCGAGCACGCUCUUAAGGGCCCAACCCAGGCCGGACGCAUUCGUGUCCAGCGGGAAACAGAUGGAGAGAUCGUUAUCACAUCGGAGAAGAACAAGGCUGUGAUCCACGGAGACCCGUUCCGCAUCGAUUUCUUCGAGAACGACGUGCUGGUGGUCUCGGUGAAUGCCAAGAACUGGUUGUACUUCGAGCAUCUGCGGCAGAAGGCCCAGGAACAGACCUUCCACCCGCCGGAAAACGAGAAUCAGCAGGAGCAGGAUGCCGCUGUCGAAACUCCUAAAGCAGCAGAUACUAUCGAUGAUCCUGGUGCAUGGGAGGAGAACUUCAAAUCGCACCACGACUCUAAGCCCUACGGUCCGGAAGCUGUGGCUCUGGACUUCUCGUUCCCCGCAGCCAAAGUUCUAUUCGGUAUUCCAGAGCACGCCGACAGCUUCAUACUAAAGUCCACCUCGGGCACGGAUCCUUACCGCCUGUACAACUUGGAUGUGUUCGAAUACAUUGUGGACAGCAAGAUGGCCCUAUAUGGCUCAGUGCCGGUAAUCUAUGGUCAUGGAGCGCAACGCACUGCGGGUGUUUACUGGCAGAAUGCCGCUGAAACUUGGGUGGACAUCCAAACCUCGGAGACCAAUGUUGUAUCUUCGCUGGUAAAUUUUGUAUCCGGCUCGCAGAAGACUCCUCCUCCGGCUGCCCACUUCAUGUCGGAGUCGGGCAUCGUGGACGCCUUCAUCAUGCUGGGACCCAAGCCCAUGGACGCUUUUAAGCAGUACGCGGCUUUGACUGGAACGCACGAGUUGCCUCAGUUAUUUGCUCUGGCCUACCACCAGAGUCGCUGGAACUACAACGACGAGAGGGAUGUAACCUCCGUGUCAGCGAAAUUCGACGAGUACAACAUACCCAUGGACACCAUGUGGCUGGACAUCGAGCAUACAGAUGGCAAGCGCUACUUCACCUGGGACAAGUUCAAGUUCCCGCACCCGCUGGCAAUGAUCAAGAAUCUUACAGAAUUGGGUCGCCACUUGGUGGUGAUAGUCGACCCGCACAUCAAGCGGGAUAAUAAUUACUUUUUCCACCGCGACUGCACGGAUCGUGGUUAUUAUGUGAAAACGCGCGAGGGCAAUGAUUACGAGGGCUGGUGUUGGCCGGGAGCGGCUAGUUAUCCAGAUUUCUUCAACCCCGUGGUCAGAGAGUACUACGCCAGCCAGUACGCGCUGGACAAGUUCCAAACAGUCACCGCAGAUGUGAUGUUGUGGAACGACAUGAACGAGCCAUCGGUGUUCAAUGGUCCUGAGAUCACGGCGCCCAAGGACUUGAUCCACUUCGGCAACUGGGAGCACCGCGACGUGCACAAUUUGUACGGUCACAUGCACUUGAUGGGCUCCUUUGCGGGCCUGCAGCAGCGCGAUCCCAACCAGCGGCCCUUCAUCCUCACACGCGCCCACUUUGCUGGGUCCCAGCGUUAUGCUGCCAUUUGGACGGGUGACAACUUUGCGGACUGGUCUCAUCUACAGCACUCCGUCAAGAUGUGUCUCACGGAAGCGGUGGCCGGCUUCUCCUUCUGCGGUGCCGAUGUCGGUGCCUUCUUUGGAAACCCAGAUACUGAGCUGCUGGAGCGCUGGUAUCAAGCCGGUGCCUUCCUGCCCUUUUUCCGGGCUCAUGCACACAUCGACACUAAGCGCCGGGAGCCAUGGCUCUUCCCAGAACGCACUCGCCAGGUAAUCCAAAAUGCUGUGAUCAAGCGUUAUUCAUAUCUGCCCCUGUGGUACACCGCAUUCUACGAGCUGGAGCUGACUGGAGAGCCGGUAAUUCGCCCAUUAUUAGCUCACUAUCCACUGGAUAAGGAGGCCUUCGGCGUUGACAGCCAGCUGCUGGUGCAAGAUCGCCUGCUUGUAAGACCCGUCAUGCAGCAGGGCGUCAGCAAGGUGGACGUGUACUUCCCGGCAAUAGAUGACAAAAAGAACAGCGACUGGUGGUACGAUGUGGAUACUUACCAGCGCCAGGAACGAUCCGGCUAUGUGUCGGUUCCAGUAGAUGAUUUCAAGAUCCCCGUUUGGCAGCGUGGUGGCAGUAUUGUUCCUAAGAAGGAGCGACAGCGCCGCGCCUCAACCUUGAUGCUGCACGAUCCGUACACACUGAUAAUCUGCUUAGACCGUCAGGGCAAGGCAGCCGGUUCCCUUUACCUAGACGACGAGAAGUCCUACGCGUACCGCCAGGGACAGCGCAUCCACGUGAACUACGAGUUCGCCCACGACCAGCUGGUCAACAGCUUCGUGGGCAAGCCCAAGUACAAGACCCUUGCCUGGAUCGAGCGAAUCGUGAUCGCCGGACUUGAGAAGGUGCCCAGCAGCGCCAGCAUUACGGUGAAUGGCGUCAGCCAGCAGUUGGAGGUGCUCCAGCAUGAUAACACCGUCGUCGUGCGCAAGCCGGGCGUCAAGAUGGACGUCGACUUCGCCAUUAAACUCAACUUUGCGUAGUCUGUAGUCGCAAUGUGCGCCGUGUAUUAAUGUUCUCCUAAAUAUUUUAAUUUUGUGCAUCUUAAAAAUUGCCAUUAAAUGUUUUAAGCAUCA